UCUCUGCCGCCCGUGGCCGGAAGACCCUCGAUCUUUACGUGCUAUGGCCGCCGUGGGGUCCGCGAAGGCGGCGUUGCAGGUGGCGGAAGUGCUGGAGACCAUCGUGAGCUGCUGCGUAGGGCCCGAGGGGCGACAAGUUCUGUGUACGAAGCCCACCGGGGAGGUGCUGAUCAGCCGGGAUGGAGGCUGCCUCCUGGAGGCGCUACACUUAGAGCAUCCCAUAGCCAGGAUGGUGGUGGCCUGUGUUUCCAGUCAUCUAAGAAAAACAGGAGAUGGUGCUAAAACAUUUAUUAUCUUUCUUUGUCAUUUACUCAGAGGACUUCAUACAAUCACAGACAAAGAACAGGAUUCUUUGAUUUCCAAAAAUAUUCAAACCCAUAGAAGGCAUUGGAAAAAUUGUUGUCAGUGGAAAUUUAUUUCUCAAGCUCUUCUAACGUUUCAGACACAAAUAUUAGAUUAUAUUAUGGACCACUACUUAAGUAAACACUUUUUGUCCAUCUUUUCUUCAUCCACUAAAGAGAGAACACUGUGUAGGAGCUCUCUAGAGCUGCUCUUAGAAGCAUACUUUUGUGGAAGAGUGGGGAGAAAUAAUCACAACUUUAUUUCACAAUUGAUGUGUAACUACUUUUUCAAGAGUAUGGCUUGUGAAAGUGGGUUUGAAGAAGUAUUUGACUUAGUGGAUGACUAUUUUGUAGAGUUGAAUGUUGGUGUCACCGGCCUUCCUGUCUCAGAUUCCAGGAUCAUAGCUGGGCUUGUGCUUCACAGAGACUUUUCUGUAUACUGUCCAGCAGAUGGUGACAUAAGAAUAGUGAUAGUAACAGAAACCAUUCAGCCUCUUUUUUCAACUUCUGGAUCAGAGUUUAUUCUAAAUUCAGAAGCACAGUUUCAGACCUCUCAGUUUUGGAUUAUGGAAAAGACAAAAGCAAUAAUGAAACAUUUACAGAGUCAGAAUGUAAAAUUGCUCCUGUCUAGUGUGAAACAGCCGGACUUAGUUAGGUAUUAUGCAGGACUGAAUGGUAUAUCAGUGGUAGAGUGUUUAUCACCUGAAGAAGUUUCUCUUAUCCAGAGGAUCAUCGGUCUUUCUCCCUUUGUACUAGCACAGGCCUCUUCACAGUAUGAAAUCUGUAACACUGCUUUGGUGAAAUUCUGUAAGCCCCUGAUCUUGAGAUCCAAAAGGUAUGUUCAUCUUGGCUUGAUUAGCACAUGUUCAUUUAUACCACACUGUAUAGUUCUUUGUGGACCAGUGCAGGGUCUUGUUGAACAACAUGAAGAUGCUUUACAUGGAGCAUUUAAAAUGCUUCGACAGUUAUUUAAAGAUCUUGAUCUAAAUUACAUGAUACAAACCAGUGAUCAAAAUCAUACAUCGAGUCCUCCUACUUAUAAGACUAGCAGAGAAAGUAAUCCAUUGCCAGAAAUUGUUAAUGGCUUAAUACAAAGGCCAUCUCAGGGCACAGUUGUAAAGAACAAAGGUAAACUGGCAAAAACUCAAACAUAUUUAAAAGUAUAUUCAAAUUUGGUAGUUCCAAGUGUAGAAUUAGAAACCUGUAUUCCAUAUUCAACACCAAAAGUGACACCAACAGAUACAUACCAGACAGAUGAAACACUGAGAUGUUUACCUCCAACCCAAACCAGGAUAAUUGAUGACCAUGAACCAUUUAUUGAGAGUAAUUCUGCUAAUUCAGUAGCAGAAAACACUGGAAUAGAAAUUUCUUACGAAAAUUUACAAGUCACAAAAAUUGCUAGAAAGGGAAACAUGUUGCCAGUGAGAGAGAAGUCACUGGAGAUGUGUACUUCCCAGAGUUACUGCUGCUCCACUCUACCAGCAGGUUGUGUUUUGCCAGUGGGUGGUAAUUUUGAGAUCCUGUUACAUUACUAUCUCCUCAAGCACACCAGAAAAUGUCAGCAAUCAGAAGAAACCAUAGUUAGCAUGAUAAUAGCUAAUGCUCUUUUAGGCAUUCCCAAAAUCCUCUAUAAGUCUAAGAAGGGAAAGUACAGCUUUCCACACAUAUAUGUAAGAACGUUCCAUGCACUGCAAACCAGUCAACCCAUGGUGAGCAGUCAGACAGGUUUGGAAUCAGUAGCUGGUAAAUACCAGUUACUAACUUCAGUUCUUCAGUGUUUAACAAAAAUUUUAACCAUUGACUUGGUAAUCAAUAUUAAGAGACAGCCUCAGGAAAUGUAUGAUCAAGAUUCAGAAGAGGAAGUAUAAAAUUGGAAGUUUUUUAUUAACCAAAAUUUUAAUUCAACUCAAGCAAUAAAGAAGGAUGUGACAGCUGAUUCUCAAAUCAAUUCAGUCUAGUUAGGAAAACAUCAAAACUUAAAAAGUCUUUAGAAGUACGCUAAGAGGCUAGCAGACAUUCAGACACAAAUACUAGAAAACA